CCCGAGCCGCGCCGACGCGUCGAUCGCGCGCCGCGACGACCGUGAAGACGCCAACGAGCGUCAUGAUCGCCCGAACCGUCGUCGUCGCCGCCGCGCUCGCGCUCGCGGCGUGCCCGACCCCGAUCGUCGCCGUCAAGUUUGGCGAGGAUUUCACCGACACGCUGAAAAAGAAACCGGAACCGCUGAAGGGACCGACGUACGCGCGCGAUUUCGACGGCACGCAGAUAUUCGCGGAUGAUUUGUCGACCAUGUACAUGCACGGAUUGACGUGCGGGGCGUGCAUGGCGGUGCUGAACGAGACGAAGACGCUGUACGAUCGCACGGAGGAGACAAAAUUUCAUCACCCGGACGACGUCACGGGAGGUUUGAUGUACGAUUACAUGCACGAAGCGACGGAACCCGAGGAAUUCUGCGAUGGGAACGUGCUGGGGGAGAAGUAUGGGUUGAAUAAUAUCACUGGACACGUGGCGGCGGCGGCGUGGUUGCGGUUGCGGGCGGUGAGCCAGUUGCGCUUGCACGGUCAAUACGAAGGCACGGAGAUGGGCAAGCGAGCGAUGAUGUCUUUGAAUGAGUACCGAUGGGCGAUUGAUCUUGGAUUGUUGGGAUAUGAUUUGUUCUCUUUGCUCGAGGAGGACGAGGAGCGAUUCGAUCCGAUCAAGCUCGCGGAGGAAAACGCGGUCGAGGUCGACGAAGACGACGAAAAGUAUGACCAAAAAGUUGAUACUCGGGAAUUCAUCGUCCGUUCGCUCAAGACGCAUCCUUAUCGCAUCCCAAGACAGAAGAUGAAGCUCGAGCAAGUGUGUUACGACAUCGUCAAGAGUCGACCUUACAUUCAAGCGCUGCUCCACCAGAAAUUGCGCCGCGAUCGCCACUACGAGAUUUGCCACGCGCUGAAAAAGUGUGUCUGGAAAACACCACAAGAAGUGCGAAUCAUCGAGCAAGCCCGCGAGGAAGCGCUCGAAGCUUACAUGGAAGCACUCUUAGAAGAAGGUGAAGACCUGUUCGACGACGAAGGAGAAGGAAAAGAGAAUGAAGACGAGGAAGGAAAGGAAUUAUAAAAUGCUUUGCUCAUUGUUUCAAUCGGUACUGUAUCAGCGUUGAUGUGCGCAU